UCAAUUUGCUCUAAACAACUCUACCUUCUAUAUCUACAUACCUUGGUACAAACAAGCAAAACAAACCAAACAACGAGCAACAAGUGAAGCAAACAUACAGCGCUAAUUGCCUUAAAUUGAUAAGCGGUUAAGUUACAAAAGCGCGAUCAUGCUAUGCGGAACAGCUGCGAUGCGGUGCGCUAGUUUCCAAGUCCGGCGCUAUGCAGGCAGAGGUUGUUGCUCCUGGGUUUCGGUAGCACGCACGGGACGCAAUAUCGAAAUCCCGUUUGCAGCCAAGAAUGUGGCACAGCGAGACAUAUUUCUCCGUUCGAUGCAUGCUACCGUACGAUCGUUCGCCACUACCGCAAGCCCAAACGAUUGCGGUGGAAAUCGGUUUGCUCCGGCCUGCAUCGAACCGCAACUUGUGGCCACCACUGCAGACAUCGACGAUCUGCCAAACCAUCCCGAGAAGCUUCUGAUCGAUGUGCGCGAACCGUCGGAGUUGGCCGCCACGGGUCAAAUACCAACGAGCAUCAACAUUCCCCUCAAAACAGUUCGUACUGAGCUAAGCCUCACGCCGGAAGCGUUCGAGCAAAAGUAUGGACGCAAAAAACCGGCCGCUAGCGAUCCGAUCAUCUUUAGUUGCCGUUCAGGAGUUCGCGCGGGACAGGCGGCCCUCGAAGCGGAUCAACUAGGCUUCAAAAAUUUCAGUGCCGAACGGUCGUUCUUCAACACGGGCGUAACCUUUAGUCGCUUGCUGCUCUGCUGCUCCAACACGAUGUCGAUCGCUACGUACGAAGAGGUGCUCGAUUUGCCCAACCAUCCGGAGAAGCUGCUGGUCGAUGUUCGCAAUCCGGAUGAGCUGGCCGAGACGGGCAAAAUUCCUACCAGCAUUAACAUUCCGCUGGAUAAGGUAAAGCAGGCGUUUGGGCCCGAAACGAGUGAGGAAGCGUUCGUGCAACAGUAUGGCGUGGCCAAGCCGGGUUUGGAUCACUAUCUUAUCCUCUCGUGUCGCACGGGUCGCCGAAGCCAGAUGGCAAUCGAAGCGAUUGCAGAGCUUGGUUAUCGAAAUGCCCGCAACUAUAAGGGAUCCUGGACGGAGUGGGCCGCCAAGCAGGGCAAGUGAAGGCUGUCGUCGCCGUGACUCCCUAAGAGGUGGCCAUGUCAAAGCAGCUGAUGGACUAAACAUUCCCCAGACCUUCCUUGGCUGACUGUUUAAUAAAUGGCCAACAUGAACUAGAAACGAUA